AUGGUUACUAGAUGGGGUUUCUUCAUCACACUGACCCUGUUGAACCUGGUUGUCUUGACAACGAUUGUUAUGUGGAGUCUAUGGUUACCGACUGUUGGUUGGGCGGGGCAGGACUCGGAUUCGGCUACCCGUGGACAUAUAUGGACCCCCUGUCUACCCAAAAAGUCCCGACAGCAGAACAGCGAGUUUUACAAAUCGUGGGAAGAAGCAGCAAGCGGCCAGGCGUACUACCACCCGUUCCAAAGUCGCGUACGGGUGGUGUUGUGGAGCGACGCCUUGUGGUGGAGAACGGGAGUUGCAGCAAAUAAGGACAGGCGGAACAACAGGACGUGGUACAAGCUCUGUCCGGGGAGACCGGCGUGCGAGUUCACGCGGGAACACAUGUGGGUCUCGUACGCGGACGCCGUGGUGUUCCACCUGCCGACUCUCCCCGGGAACUACACCCCCGAGAUGAUGCCGUCCAAACGGAAGGUCCGACAGAAGUGGGUCCUGUUCUCCAUGGAGUCCCCCGUCGUCACUAGGAGUAAGAACAUGACGUCAUAUGCAGGUGUCUUCAACUGGACUAUGACGUAUAGGGCAGACUCGGAUGUGGUGACGUCAUACGGAUCGAAAAGUUUGCUGUACAACUCCCUACGGGCACUGCCCGCUAACCCCGGUAAACCACCCCGUAACUUCGCGCGGGAGAAGGACCGCCUGGCCGUGUGGUUCGUCAGUAACUGCUACGCUCAUCUGACCCGCCACCACUACGCCAAGGAGCUGCGCAAGCACCUGCGGGUAGACGUGUUCGGGCGGUGCGGCAAGCCCAUCUGCACCGACGACAAGCGCUACCGCUCCGACUGCUUCAAAAAGACCGUCAAAAGAUACAAAUUCUAUCUGUCCUUCGAGAGCUACAAGUGUAAAGAAUACAUCACGGAGAAAUUUUGGCGAAACGCGCUAGAGAACGAAGUAGUUCCAGUGGUGUUGGGAGCUCCCAAGGAAGACUACGUCCGACUUGCUCCCCCGGGUUCCUUCAUUCAUGCGGACGACUUCAAUUCGCCGAAAGAUCUUGCGUUGUACCUAAAAAAGUUGGCUAGAAACGAUAAGGAAUACAAUAAGUACUUUAGAUGGCGGAGCAUGGGGUUCAAAAAGAACGCGACGUACGAUAGGGGGCGUUGGUGCAACCUAUGUGACAAGUUGAUCCAGACGUGUCCCCAAGAGAGAAAAAUGUAUACAGACAUUUACAGAUGGUGGAAAGGAAAGGAGGGAGAAGAAUACUGUGAACGAACGCUGCUACCAGAGGACAUACCCAAGCCACAUUACGACCUCAGUAUACACUUUAACUGAAACAGAAGACAAACUGUGGCACUCUAAUCCAGUGAGAUACAAUGAUGAAUGAAUUGAAGUUUAUCCGAAUUAGAGCAAAUACUUUACACCCAUUAAGCUGUGACAAACCUUACAGUAUUUCUUUUUGUUUUUUACCCUUAAUUUUUGUCGUCAUCAAGUGUCAUCUCAUAGUCUAGCCUCAAGAACUCCCGCCAAAACGUAG